AUGGAUUCAAGACUUUUACCUUUAGUUACACUUCUUUAUAUUUUAAGCUUUUUAGAUCGAGUUAAUAUUGGAAAUGCAAAAUUGGCAAAUAUAGAAGAUGACCUAAACUUGACAGGAAAUCAAUAUAACUGGAGUUUGGCUAUAUUCUUUAUCGGUUAUGUAUUAUUUGAAGUACCAUCAAAUAUUAUUCUGGCGAAGACUAAACCAUCAAUAUGGAUCCCUACAAUUAUGGUCGGUUGGGGGGUCGCAAUGACAUUAAUGGCACUAGUAACAAACUUUCAACAAUUGAUGACGGCUCGAUUUUUUUUGGGUGCUUUCGAGGCUGGAUUGCUCCCUGGAAUAGUGUUCUUUAUAACAAUGUGGUAUAUACGUUCGGAACAGAAUUAUCGAAUUGGAAUAAUUUAUGCUGGGGCGACAUUAGCCGGAGCUUUUAGUGGUUUGAUUGCAUAUUUCAUAAUGGAUUUGGAUGGCAAAAUUCAAUUGAGUGGAUGGCAGUGGAUUUUUUUAAUUGAUGGAUCAAUCACAAUAUUAAUUGCAUUAUUGGCGUAUUUUUUUAUUUCUGAUUACCCCGAAACGGCAAAAUUUCUAACGAACGGUGAACGAGCUUUAGCCAUCAAAAGAUUAAAAUAUGAUGCAGGUUCCGGUCAUCUUACCCAUUUUGAAAAGGAAUACAUUUUAGCAGCUAUCAAAGAUUGGAAAGUAUGGUCAGCAAUGUUUAUAUACAUCGGGAUAGUUAUUCCAGUAUAUUCGUUUUCAUUUUUUAUUCCAGCAAUAUUACUUUCUGCACCACCAUUUAUUUUGGGAUCAAUUUCUACUAUUAUUAUAGCGAUUAUAUCCGAUCGUUUGGCUAUGCGUGGGAAAUAUACUGGAGCAUGUAUAGUUGGGAUAGGCAUCUUCCCAAGCGUCCCGACAUCAAUUACAUGGUUAAAUAAUAAUCUUGCAGGUAACGUAAAACGUGCAACAGGAAGUGCUAUGAUGAUAGCAUUCGGAAAUAUUGGAGGUGCAAUCGCAUCUCAAAUAUAUCAAUCGAACGAUUCACCCGAAUACAUUAAUGAUGUGAAAAUUCGAAAUCCAGAACAAAUUCUUGCUGGAAAGAGUGAUUCAGAAAUUAGAAAUUUAGGUGAUUCACAUCCAACUUUCAUAUAUAGUUUAUAA